UGAAAGCGCGCACUAGCGCCAUUUGCGGUACGCGACUUCCGUAAUUCGUGGACAAGCUAGGUCUACUCGACACCACGACCUCACAAUUCUCCCAGGCUGCGCAGCCUCACCAGCCACCAUGGCUUCUCCGCCGCACAUGUCGUCGUUCACCAUGCCCAAAAAGCGCGGCAGCAUCUCGUCGCUGUCGUCGGCGCAGACCAAGAAGCGCAAACCCUCACAGCUGCGCAACGCCUUCUCGCCAGAGACUGAAGGCGUCGGGUCUCCAGCGCGCUUUUCCCGGUCACCGUCGGUCGACAGCGUAGCCACGUCAUCAGUCGUCAACGGCGUAGGCGGCAAGAAGCGCAAGAAGAAGAAUGCGGACGAUGCUAGCAUCGCAGGCUCAAGCAUGCGCGGCGGCAAGGGUGACACGCGUAGUGCUCUCAACGGCGAUGGCGAUGCAUAUGGAGGAGCGCAGGACGAAGAGGAAGACGACGACGACAUGAUGGACGACGACAUGGACACAGCCCUCGAAGGCGGCCAGUCGAUGGCCGACCGCAAAAACCUCGAGAAAGAGCACGAGCGCGUCCUCAUGGAGUACAUGACGCCCUCGCAAGCCGACCGCUACGCUACAUACCGCCGUAUCCGCCUCAAGCGUGAAACCGUCCGCAAGCUAGUCAACCAGACGCUCUCCCAGUCGGUCCCGCAGCCCGUCAUCAUCGCCGUGACGUCCUACACCAAGUCCUUCAUGGGCGAGAUGAUCGACCGCGCGCUCACCGUUCGCGACGAAUGGGCCGUGUCGCGCACGCACCUGCCCAACCCCAACCUGCCACCGCCCGUCCUCGCGCAGUCCCUCGGCCGCCCUUCCGCACACAUCAAAGACCCGCGUAACAAGCCCACAAACGCGGAUAUCCAGAGCGCCGGCCUGUACAUCAACCAAGUGGACCGCAACGAGCCGCUCUGGAUCGAGAUCGACAAGGACGCAAGCCUGCAGGAAAGGCUUAAGCAGAGCGACAAGGGCCCGCUGACGCCGGCACACCUGCGCGAAGCGCUUCGGCGCUACAAGCGCGACCGGGACGGCGGUGGUGCCGGAUUCGCGGGCAUGAGUCUCGAGGGCGUUGAGAGGACGGCUGCAAGGACCGGCGGCAGGAGGUUGUUCCGGUAGGCGACUGUCGGAUGGUGGACAGGGUGGACGAGGCGGUCAAAACAGAGCGGUCGGGAUCUGAUCGGUCUGACUGAGGGCGCGAAACGGCGAAACUUCUCAUGCAUAGCGAGGGCGUUAAGGGCAGGCGUUGGGAGUGGUAUCCAGGUCUGCGGAAUCAGUGUCACGAUACCAGUCGUAGGCGCACGCGACAGGACAGAAAUUAUCUCAAUGCUAUCGUAUACGGACGGUAUCAAGUCCUCACCCAUUGCCUGCACCUGCAGUGUCCACACGCGACCCAGCACGUCCUUGAUGCACCCUCAUCUCCUUCCCCUUCCACGUACUCACGCCUGAAGAGC